AUGAGAUAUGGACCAUCUCGUCUCCAACGACUGCUUCGGCUGAAUCCGCCAAUCUCCCAAUGGUGCACCAUUUCUCCCCUGCGCAUCCCUGCGCCGCAAGCCACCUACCUCGAGCCGAGUCAUUCACCAAAGCGAUGGUCGAGUAAUGGCCCAAAUCCAGCAGAUGGAAGCUCGGUGCCCGCAACGCAGCCAGCGGAAGCCAAGACUGCAGCCAGUCCUACAUUGCCCUCGCGGAAAUGGUCGACACCACUUGCGAAGACAAUCGCCCAGGCGAUCGAGGUCACUGGCCCAGUCUCGAUAGCCUCCUACAUGCGCCAAUGCCUCACCAACCCCGACGGCGGAUACUAUACCACAACUCGCGAAGACUCUGACCAGUUCGGCACAACUGGUGACUUCAUAACCUCUCCUGAAAUAUCCCAGAUUUUUGGCGAAUUGGUGGGCAUAUGGUUCAUGACAGAAUGGAUGGCGCAGGGUCGUCCUGCGCAGGGCGUGCAAUUUAUUGAGAUGGGCCCUGGACGCGGAACAUUGAUGAGCGACAUCUUGCGGACGGUCCGGCAAUUCGCCACAUUCGCCAGAUCGAUCUCAGCGGUCUGGCUGGUCGAAGCAGGAGAAGGACUCCGGACAAAACAGAAGGACCUUCUUUGCGGAACAAAUACAGAAAUGAAGGAGGUCACAGACCAUACAGGCAAGAAUGUCUGGUGGGAAGCUACAAGCGUGCAGGGUAUUCCUGUACGAUGGGUUGAGGAUAUUGUCCUUUUGCCGAAUCAAGGCGAGGCAGCCGGGCAGGAAAUGCCCUUCAUCAUUGCACAUGAAUUCUUUGACGCUUUACCCAUACAUGCUUUUGAGUCUGUUGCGCCAAAACCCGAGGAUGCUCAGAAAGAGGAUGCGCGGGCAAAACUCCUCAAUGAAGCAGGUCAGCCUGUUCCGAAGCCUUCAAUGGCAAGCAGACUUCCUCAAUGGCGCGAACUCCUGGUUGCCCCAACGAAGCAGAAGUUCAGCUUGCCGUCGCCGACAGAAGCUGCGAAGGAAAGCUACGAAGACCCGGACCCGGAUUUUCAGCUCACGCUCGCGCAAGCAAGCACGCCUAGCUCGUUGGUCAUACCGGAACGACCUCGAUAUCGCGCCUUGAAGAAUCAACCCUCUUCUCGAGUCGAGGUAUCACCCGAGAGCUCGCGCUAUGUGCAGGACUUUGCGCGCAGGAUUGGAGGUGGCAUCUCUGCUUCUCCAAAAGGCAGGGCUCAGCCUGAUGCUGGAAUUCCCUCAAAAACAAAGCCCUCAGGCGCCGCUCUGAUCAUUGACUACGGCCCACUUGAGACCGUCCCUGUCAAUUCGCUGCGUGCUAUUCGCAAGCACAAAAUCAUCUCGCCGUUCGUGUAUGCCGGCGAAGCAGAUAUAAGUGCGGACGUGGACUUCGGGGCUCUGGCGGACGCCGCCCUCGAAGCCAGUCCUGGUGUCGAGGUCCACGGACCGAUCGAGCAGGGUGCCUGGCUGAGUCAAUUGGGCAUUAAGGAGCGGGCAGAACGACUCUUAAGAGAGUUUGAAAAGAAAGGCGGUGCUGAUCCUGAAGAAAUCGAAAAGAAAAAGUCUGAGCUAAAUACGGGCUGGAAGCGGCUGGUCGAGGGCGGCCCUAAAGGAAUGGGCAAGGCAUAUAAAGUCAUGACGAUACUGCCUGAGAACGGUGGUAAGAGGAGACCUGUCGGGUUCGGAGGUGGUGUUGUUGGCUGA